AUGCUCACCUAUCGUGCUUCGUACGAUAGCACCACUGGGUACAGUCCAGUGUUCCUGACGCUCGGACGUGAGUUACGUUUACCCUUAGAGAUACCGGUCCCGUCGUUGCCAACCUCUGCUGACACCACACUGGCCUAUACCCAAGACCUUAAAGAACAUCUUCAGCUAGCCUUCCAGAACGUUCAGAAACACACCGACCGAAUGCAAGAGCAACAGAAACGCGUUUACGGUCGUAAAAUCCUCGGGAAUGCAUAUAAUGUGGAGGAUCGAUAA